AUGAUGAUGAUUCAUCAUCGUCGGGCAGAUCGUUGGACUGCUGAUGACGUAAAGACAAAGAUUUUGGUAUCAAAACAAGGUGCUACAGAAGCUGACCUCAAUCAGGUGGUUGUUAAAAAUAGAGAAAUUUGUAAUGCUAAGCAACUUAAGCGUCUCAUAGUGCGAGAUGAUCGUAGAAUCCGGGAUAAUGCUGGUCCUUGGACGGUACUUCAGCAUUACAUCCAGGAUCUUUUAAAACCUCGAGGUCAUGUGUUGUAUUAUCAAAACCCAGAUCUAUCUGCAGAUGAAAAUUCUGCCGAUCGAUAUUAUCAACUUAUUGUGUCUGACGACUAUUGGUUGAUGAAUGGUAGGGAUUUUGGACAACAUUAUUUAUGCAUCGAUGGAAAUAACGAAUUAAAUAUGGAUCGUGCGACAGUGCUGACAAUCGCGGUUGAGACUUUGUCUGGACAUUCUACUCCAUUAGCAUUUGCAUUGAGUAAUGGAGAUGAUAAGGCUCCUGUAAGAAUAACAAUUUUAGCGAUUAGGGAAAAUCUACCAUGCAAACGUUCCGAUUGUAGUCACCCCUGGCGUUACGAGGAUCUGCCUAAAAAUAAAGGAUUCCGAAGAGUUAGGGAUUGCUCAUCCCUACAGUCUUGGAAUCCUAUAGCUAUGAUUGAUCAAAACAUUCCAAUAAUGCAAGAAAUCACUGAUGUUGUACAUGGUGUUGUACUUUCUUGGACGUUUAUCAUGUUAAAAUUAGCUGAAAAACUAAGAUUUUGGGAUGUGCCGAAGUCGCAGAGUGGACGUAUACCAUAUGAUUCUACAAAUGGAAAACCAAUGAUGAUAAAUAAUCUAACCGAGGGAAUUGUUCGUAAAGUUGAAGACAAGCUUGACGGGAAGAUGACGCCAUUAGCAUUUCUCGAACGACUUUUUGGAGUAAAGUUACAUAGAGAUAGCUUGCAUGCAGAUAAUUCAAGCAGUGGUAAUUCUGAUCAAUCACUAUUAGAGUUUUUCAAUUCUCAAUACAUGUUACAGAGAGAGCAAAAAGAACAAUCACUACCAAAGGGCGCCCUUCGCCGCUUGAACAUUGGUCGCCUUUAUUUCCUUUCUUGUCUUGUCGAACCCACAGAAGAGCCUUGUUGUUAUUAUGUCAGAAAAUUUAAUGAUAACUCCCUAACGUUCACCUCACCAUACGACAACAAACAGAUACAGUUAGAUGCCAACGCUGUGGAGUGUCUACAACCAAUUAUUAAAAGAUAUGUUGAACGUCGGAGGAUAAAUGUUCAAAAUGAAACAAAACAAAAGUUAGUCAGCUAUUUUAGGGCCAGGGAUGACUUAUUACCGUCUCAACUUAGCUCUGUGAUUUUUCAAGGCACUAUUGAAGAAGCCUACUUGGAAAUUGUGCGAUUAUAUCAUAUUAAUGGUGAUAAGAUGUUCGACCAACUCUCUCAGUCUGAUUCAUGCAGAGAUCCCUUCCGCAAUUUCAAAACAAAAAGGAGAAGCUCGAUAAAACCUGGCGGUCCCACCAAGCCAUACAAAAGAAAAAAAACAAUCGAUAAUAAUAAAUCCAACAUAUUG